UCUUUGAGACACCAGGAGAGAGGGUGGGCAGCGCCCCAGUCUGAUCUCCAGAGCCCCAGCUCCGUGGUGUGGUCGCCGCGGAGGGUAACUUGAACGACAGGGACUGGGACCUCAGGAAGCCCACGAGGGCUCCGAGGGCGCCGCCUCCCCUGCCACAGCCACCAUGCCUUCCAGUGUCCCCGGCUCCGCGCGCCUGGACCACGCCUGACCGGUCCUCCUGAUGACUGCGCGGGAGAUGUGUGACAGGGGUCGAGUGGCCUCCACCGUGCGUUACUGCAUGACAGUUGGCGGCACAGUGGUCCUGGUGGUUGGAACACUCUGCUUUGCAUGGUGGAGCGAAGAGGGUACAGCUGCCCCACCCGGCCUGCUGGACCCCUCUGCAGAGCACUCUGUGCCUGAAGUGCCUCACCCCUUGCUCAAGUCCGCCAGUUUCCUCUGCUGCGGUGUGGGUGGCCUGCUGCUGCUCUUUGGCUUGCUGUGGUCCAUCCAGGAUGGCAGAAAAGGGCCACUCGGGGGGGACCUGUACCGAGUCUCCAGAGACCUGCACCGCCUGGCAGUGGAGUCCUCUGAGAAGGAGAGCUGCAGGGCCCCCAAGGAGGUCGUCAUCCCCACAUAUGAAGAAGCCAUGCACUGUCCAUUGGUUGAAGGUCCCCCGGCACGCCCUGGGCAGCCUGAAGAGGAAGACCUGCAGUGCCACGACCCAGGGGAUGCCCUGCUGGGGAUGCUGUCCCUCUCAUCUCCACCCAGCUAUGAGAGUGUAAUCCUCACUCAGGGUGCCAUUUCUGGUCCAGGUUCUGCGCUCUCCAGUCCAAGCUCAGCUGAAACCGCAGAAGAGUCACAGGUCCCUAGCAGGUCCUGAAACUGGCCCCUAAACCAUGAGACUUGCUUGGGCCCUCUUCCAGUGCCUGAUUUGCUGUGAGCACUCAAUAAAGCUGUGUUGCUGGA